AUGAAAAUAUCAAACAGAACAAUCAAUACGACUUUGACUUCUACCACACCUUGUCAUCCAUACAUACCGCUCGAUAAUCGUUCCUUUUACGAACAGGAAUAUCCUCAAUCAAAUUUACCUCAACGAAUAUCGAACUCAUCAUAUCAAAGCGUUCUUCGUCAACUUCAUUCUCGUCGAUUAGUUGUUCUAGGAUGUGCUCGUAAUGUCGAACGAAAUCUUGAUGGAUUUCGAAGUCAUAUGGAGCCAAUCAUCAAUCUCUUUCAUUCAUCAUCUCGUAUUCUUAUUUUCGAAAGUGAUUCAAGAGAUAGAACUGUAAAAAAACUUCGUGAGUGGUCUCGUAUAGAACUUUAUACAUAUCGUAGAUUAGCAAAACAGUAUCCAGAACGUUCUGAACGACUUGCUUAUGGUCGAAAUAUGCUAAUGGAUAAAGCACAUCUUUUACUACCUGAUUAC